CAAAACAUAGACGCGGACAGAUACUUUUAUUGUGAGAAAUGAUUCGAUGCGGAAUCGCAUGUUUUGUGCUCGUGCCGAUACGCGCGCUGUCCUCCUUCGCAAUCCAAACAAACAAGGGCACGUCGAGACACUGACGCCAUUGGUGCACUGGGUUGCCUAUGAGCUAUGGGGGUGCUGAUGGAUUUGGCAGAAGGGUUGCCGACCCGAAUUAGCCGCAACGGAAAGCAGCAGAAGAAGGGGAGGAACAGCACGUGGUGCGGAGGACGGCGGCGGCUGAUAUCAUCGCAGCUGCUGUUGGCAAAACAAACACAAAGCAACAGCUGAGCAAGUGCUGACGGCAAGCGAGAGCAGCAUUGACGUCGACGACGACUGUUGGCUGCGCUUGCCCAGGUACAAUGAGAUGACGCGCACACGGCGCACAAACAAAGGGCUAGCGAGCAAGAGAGAAGCAGAAGCAAGCAAGAGAAAAGCAAAAGGGAGGAGGCAAGUCAGAGGGUCGAAGAGAGGAGCGGAGCUAAUUUUUUCCCUCCGUUGGUGUGUUGCCGCGGCUACCACAACACAACACAGCACAGCACUCGCUCGUGUGUGGGAAGUGGCGUGGAUUUGGUUCACUUUUGUCGCUGUUAGAGUGACCGCGUGUUCAUUUUCAUCGCCGCUCACCGUCGCCAACCGACCAAGGACCAAGAAACCAAGACCCAAGGAAGGUCUCACGUAGUCAAGUAGUCCAGUCGCCAAGUCGAUUCCCCACCUCGCCUCAAGCACGUCGGAUCAAAGUACAGCAAUUCCCUGGCUGUCAACCAAGAUGAAGUCCACCAUUGCAACGCUUUUGCUGCUGCUCGCGGCCUGCGGCCUUGCUGCACCACCAACUUGGGCCACGCCAUUGGCCGGGGCAGCUGCCGAGAAUGGCGAGGGCGGCGAAGGAGGCGAAGAAGAAGGCAGCGUGAACGCCGUCAUCGCACACGGCAUCUGCAUGGUCCUUGCCUGGAUCCUCUUCUCCCCUUCCGCCAUCUUCAUCGCCCACUUUCUCAAGUUCCUGGGCCAAAAGUGGUUCCUCCUCCACAAGUACAUGCAGAUUAUUGCGACACUGCUGACGGUGGCUGGGUUUAUUGCCAUCUUGUCGGGCGGUGAGGCCGAGGCUGAGGGCGCACACGGCUCCCUUGGCAUCUUCCUCCUCGUCUGCACCCUCAUCCAGGCCCUCCUUGGCUUUGCCCGCAACCUCAUCAGCGGUGAGCCAACAGACCCCAACGACCCAAAGGACCACGGCCCAAGGCGCUGGAUGUUCAACUACAUGCACUGGCUCCUCGGUGCCCUCACCACCGUAAUUGCAAUCGUCACCAUCUACCUUGGCCUUGAUCUCGUGGAGAUUGGCACGCCAGGAUUCACAGCGCUGUAUGUGUGGCUCGGCGUGGAGGCGUUUGUAGUGCUUGUCUCCCUGGUGAUCAACCACAGGGAGGGCCACUCCAACAACGUUCUCCUGGCGGCUUGCGGCGUCUUUGCUGCCGCCGCCCUUGCAUGCACCAUCGUGAUUGCCGUCAAGAUUGGCACAGUCUCAAACAUCGACCUUUGAGAGUAAUGGAUUGGAUAUAUGUGUGUGUUCUUGAUUGAUUGAUUGAUUGUGUUGUUGAGUGAUUGGUUCCCACCCCCACUCCCGUAUCCUCCCUUAUGUUGCUUUCGUCCUCUCCUGACACCCUUUGACAGAAGUUGUGUGACUCUGUGGCGCGUUGUUUUGGUGUUUGUUUUUUUGACUGCACACGUGCACACAAUAUACGGCAAGCAGUGUGACCAAUCAUCGAGAAGAAGAAGAACGCAGUACCCAC